CACCAUUAUUUGUCCUCACAAAAACAAAGGUCUUUCUUCAACUCACUUCUACUACACAAUAUGGAAUCCUCUGCAAUACUACCACUUUCUCAGCUUCCUUAUGUGUACCCUGCAACACCUAACACCAACAAAGCUUAUCCUUUUUGGCCUUGCAAGCGAAGGACCUCACAACCAACACGCUUACACUGCAGCAAGAUGUUUGUACCUGGAUUCGGAGAAGCAUCACCGGAAGCAAAGGCUGCUAAAAACCUCCACAAUUUCUUCACCUACGUAGCAGUCAAGAUUGUUGCUGCUCAACUUGAGAGCUACAAUCCUGAAGCAUAUGAAGAGCUGAUGGAAUUUCUUAGCAGACACUCGUUGAAUGAUGGUGACAAGUUCUGUGCCAGUAUGUUCAGAGAAUCAUCAAGACAUAAGAAUUUAGCCCUACGCAUAAUGGAGGUGCGAUCAGCAUACUGCAAAAAUGAUUUUGAAUGGGACAACUUGAAGCGCCUAGCUUUGAAGAUGGUCACCGACUCAAACACGAGGCUCAUGAAGGAUUAUGUCUUAGAAACCAGUUCUGCUGAAACCGAGAAGUGAAUAGGCUUGCAGCAAUGCGUUAGCCCCUUCAUUCCCUCUAUCGAACAGGAGCUAGGGCAACUUACCUAUUUAUAAAUACUGGAAAGAACUCCAUCCACAUGGUUCUCGAUCAAUUUUAUAUUCCAGUAUUGGCAAGGUUGUGAUACCAAAAAAAAGUUUUGGAUUGUAAAAUGGUUAGAGUAAGUCGUGAUACAAAUUGACAAUCAAACAGAAUAUAUUGUUAACCCUCCAUGACUUAUUGGGAUUCUUGGAGGUUGGAGCACCAGGAUUGCUGACUCCCUUACAAAUAAGAACAUUUCAAGCAGAUAUAAAUUAUCUUAUUGCGA